AAUCCCCGAAUUUCCCCCCAGAAUUCGCCCCAAAUUCGCAGCGGGGCCUCAGGGCCCAGCGCAGGCCCCGCCCACUCCCGUCUCUGGCCCCGCCCACUCCCGGCUGUGACCCCGCCCCUGGUGUGUCACGUGGGCGGUCACGUGGCGCCCAACAUGGCGGCGCCCAUGGCGGCGGCCGGCGGCGGCUCCGUGACGCGGCUGCUCCGGGGCGUCUCCCGCAGCCUCAGCGGCGCCGGGGCCGCGGCCGAGGAGCCCGAGGCCGCCGUGGUUAACGUCGUGUUCGUGGACCGGGACGGGCGGCAGGUGCCGGUGCGCGGCAGAGUCGGUGACAACGUGCUGCACCUGGCGCAGCGGCACGGGCUGGAGCUGGAGGGCGCCUGCGAGGCCUCCCUGGCCUGCUCCACCUGCCACGUUUACGUCAGCGAGCCGCACCUGGGCCGGCUCCCGGCGCCGGACGAGCGGGAGGAGGACCUGCUGGACCAGGCGCCGCUGCUGCGCGAGAACUCGCGGCUGGGCUGCCAGCUGCGCCUGGGCCCCGCGCUGGAGGGCGCGCGCAUCGCCCUGCCCCGGCAGACCAGGAACUUCUACGUGGACGGGCACGUCCCAAAGCCACACUGACCCCAAAGCCAAAACCCCACUGACCCCAAAACUGACUGACCCCAAAAACCCAAACCACACUGACCCCCAAGCCAAAACCCCACUGACCCCAAACCACACUGACCCCAAACCACACUGACCCCAAAGCCCCACUGACCCCAAAAACCCAAACCACACUGCCCCCAAACCACACUGCCCCCAAACCACACUGACCCCAAAGCCCCACUGACCCCAAAAACCCAAACCACACUGACCCCAAAAACCCAAACCACACUGACCCCAAACCACACUGACCCCAAAAACCCAAACCGCACUGACCCCAAAGCCAAAACCCCACUGACCCUAAAGCUACUGACCCCAAAAACCCAAACCACACUGACCCCAAACCACACUGACCCCAAACCACACUGAGCCCAAAAACCCAAACCACACUGAGCCCAAAAACCCAAACCACACUGACCCCAAACCACACUGACCCCAAAAACCCAAACCACACUGACCCCAAACCACACUGAGCCAAAGCCAGCGACCCCAAAACCCACUGACCUUAAAAGCCAAAAUCCCAUUGAUCCCAAAAUCCCACUGACCCCAGAAAC